AAGCAUGGUUUGUGGCAUUUUGAACGUGUAGGCACGUGUAUAUCACGUGCUUUGUUUUUCGGUUUGAUCUCUGUCCACGUGCUUUGUUUUUCGACGCGUUCCGGAGUCUGUCAGCCACUUUGCAAAUCCUCCAAGUUGGUGUCAGCCAGCUUGCACUGGACAGUACUAGUAUGAAAACAGUCUAUGUGCGAAUAAGACUACCUCCUUUGUUCCUGCAACCACGAUCAUUUUUUUCUGCGUCGUUUCCACGACGAUUCCACGUUCAUUACCCGCCCGGAUGAUGUCCCUCAGAACCAUCUUCAUAUCUUUUCUUCUUAUCAGCAUAGCCCACGGUAGUCCUAUCGAUUCACCCAGAGAUGACGCACAGCAGGUAGAGACCGUCCCAUUCACCGGGGUUAAUCCCACAGAUCCACCCCUAGCGCACGGCCCUGACGGUCUCCGCCCCGCCUCAGCUGCAAUGGCAAUGAUCAUUGGCGCUGCCCAGUUCAAGGGGAAUGAUGCUCCUGCAACCAUGCCCACACCAUACGAGCAGCACACCACCCCUACGGCUUCCACUGCUUUAUUCCUUUCCCCCACUACCCAUGCGACAGCCUCGCCGACUCCCAGCCUCCACGUCUCCGAAAGCACACCUGAUAUUAAAUCUGCGCCACAAUCAAAUCCCUCUCAGCGCAAUGUCCUCGUCCUCGCCAUUGUUGUCAGUUCUGUCCUCGCUCUCGUGGUCUGCGUCACCAUCGGCAAGUACACUCUCGAGUACCUUCGGAAGGCAAAGCGCAAGUUACGGCUGUCGCAGGAGUCUUGGGGACACAGGGAGAGGCCGUUCCCUUCUGAAGUGCCUGUGCCAGAUACAGAAACGGAGCACCAGAGCUUGAAGACAUUCUCGUUUCCCGGCCAGCCGACCCGCAAGGACGUGCGUCUGUAUGACCCCAACGAACCAUCAUCCAAGCCCACCAUGCGCACCCGGUUCAGCAACCUAAUCGCGUACACUGCGUUCAGGCACCGUGAUCACGACAGCGUCACCACCCAAGACACUGCUUCCUCCGCACCCUACCUUCUCAAUGUCCCCGGCCAUUCAGAUCAUUCUCGUACCAGGAGCGCGCCCAUCAUCACUCACGAUGACUCCAUGGCUACUGUGAAACCUGCCAAGUCUACAGAAUCAGAUUGGGACAUUGCAAGGUCAUAUCGUGUAUCGCAGGCGAGCGCCAAUGUCCCGAGCUCUUUGCUUCCUUCUAGGGGCAGCAGGUUGUCCAGACUCGAUUCGACGUGGUAGUCCUGUCAAUCCAUUGUAUUUCAGAGGUUACUUCUACUGUGGUCAGAAUGGCAGAAAACGAUAGUACGCAAAGGAUCACUGAGUGCAGCAGGCGUGUGGUAUCAAAUUACACAAAUUAUGGAAUAUUUGAAUGAGAAAGGAAUGUAAUAGGGAUUCAUAUGCAAGUGAGGGUGUAUGAAGUCAUUAGGGUUCAGAUCAAUACCAUGCAUUACUUCCGGAGACUAGCAAGCUUCUGCUGCAGACCGGCUAGGGGGUUACCCUUGCGGAUGCGGCAGAUGUACGUGAGCGUGAAAAUUGCACAAACCUGCAAUGCACACAAUUAGCUCAAUAAAA